AUGUCGCGCCCAUUUCCCUACACAUAUAUCUCAUGCCCCUGCGCCGACACUCCUGUGGCCGAUCCGGCCAGGAAGCGGAGGUCGAGGGGCACACCGCAGAAAUCACCGAGCCCGGAGCAGCCAAAUGUCGAUCAUGAAAACAAGAUAUCCGAGGAGGAAAUAAAUGAAGACGAAGACGAAGAGGAAGAAGAAGAGGAGCAGACCUUUGAUCCUCGGGCGCCGCGUUCCAAUUUCUCGCUCUAUCCUCCCGAACAGCUCCUAUACUGCGAGGACUGCCACCAGAUCAAAUGUCCUCGAUGCAUAACGGAAGAGAUUGUAAGCUGGUACUGUCCAAACUGUCUAUUCGAGACCCCAAGCAGUAUGGUUAGGAGUGACGGUAACCGCUGUGGCCGAAACUGCUUCAAUUGCCCAAGUUGCACAGCUCCUCUGGCUGUGAGCACAAUUGAAAAUGUUGCAGGAGCUGGUAGCCAACAAGGCCCCUGGGUGCUCUCCUGCGGCUAUUGCAUGUGGACAACACUCGACAUAGGAAUUAAGUUCGACAAGCCGACCAACAUUCGCACCCAGCUACAAAAGAUGACCGACGCCACUGCUAUCCCUUCGUAUGACCGAUCAAGGCAGGACUCGCGUACUUUUGGGGAUUUGAAGUCCCCUUUGUCAAGCUAUGCAUCUAUCGACGAGCAAUCCGCUUCUCGCGAGGGCAGUAAAGAGCAGCCGGCAACAAAUGAAGAUUCGACAUCCACGCCGAAUCUCGGUGCAGAUGCUCGGUUCGCAGCCUUGAAGGCAUUCUACCGUACACAGAUCUCCGAGACAUCAACGUCGCCCGGUGAUCCUCUCGGCUCAGACCUUGGAUUCUCAUCGCCCGGAGCCCUAAACCGACUUAUGUCUCUGUAUGCCUCUUCGUCUCGUUUGUCAGCGCUCUACGGUGGCAGCAAGAAACAAAAAUCCAAGCCCCCAGUCAUGCGCGAAGCUCUUACAUCCAGCGAGGGUCUCCGCAUUGCUCCAGAAAAUGGCGACGCCGACGUGAUUCAGCGCCUCGCAUCCCGCGAAUGCGGCUGGGACGGCGUCGCAUCAAUCGAACAGCGUAAGGACCAAUCUCCCGACGUUCGAUUCACUGAUGACUUGAUCCCACUGCCAUGUCUGCUUCGUACCAAGCGUGCCAAACGUUGCAAGACUUGCAAGCACAUCCUCGUGAAGCCAGAGACCAAGCCACAGUCUACUCGCUUCCGUAUCCGUCUCAUUGCUCUCAGCUACAUUCCUCUCCCAACACUACGCCCUCUUGCACUUCCAUCAUCUUCUUCUAUGAUGUCUGCUCCGGUACCAGACCUCAAUUCAUUGCCUCCUCUUCGCCCGAUUCAUGUUCUGCUCACAUUGAAGAACCACAUGUUCGAUCCUGUGCGCAUCACGCUUGCUACGCCGUCAGUCACUCCGGGUCGUGUGGCCAGCAAAGUUACUGUUCUUUCGCCCCAAUUCGACAUUGGUGCUAACAGCGACGUAUGGGAUGAAGCAUUGCAGGGUGCCUCGGCUCCUGUGACUGGUGAUCCAAAACUCGCGACUCUCCGCGGAGUGCCAGAGGCCGGUCGUCCCGGAACACUUCCUGGCUCUGAAGCCGAGGCAGGUAACGAGACAACAGUCGAGGAUGGCACAUUGAAUACCCAGCAGGAUGAGGAUGUUCUAGAAAUCCCGGUAUUUGUGCACAUGGAAUGGGAUGCGGAAGCCCAACUCGAGCAACAAAAUCUCGGAAAGGCAUCGAAGCCAGAUGACUUGGUGGCUCGGGAACUAGCCUACUGGAUGGUGUUGGGCGUGGGGAGAAUCCAGGCUUCUUUGUAG